CAUCUCUUCUUGUCAACUUGUCCUCUCUUCAUCAUGAUAAACACCUUUCACAGUAGCUACAAUCCCCCACCGGUGCCUCCACGGGCAGGAUACAGCAAACGUCAGCCAGCGGGCAACUCACCUUUAGUCAAGUUUUUGUCAAUGAUGCUACUGCUGUUAACGAUUCUGACCUUCGGAGGCUUCCUCUGCCUGUUCCAGAAACUCAACAUGCAGCUCCAGGGCAGUUAUUAUGAAGACAUGACAAGCCUACAGAGACUACAGGACUGUGCGGAUAGCAGUAAAGGAGAAGACUCAAUGACAGAAUGUGGCAAACUGAUGGAAAAAUAUAAAACUGUCAUAGCUAAGGUUUCACAAGCAAAUGAAAAAUUGUCUAAGUUAACUGGAGGGCCACACUUCAUUGGACCAGCUGCACACAUGACUGCUCUGAGCGAACAUAAAGAUAAGAAUUCGGACUUCUUGAAGUCAAACAGUCUUCUUUGGGACGAAGAGCAUUCGCUGCUACAGGACGUACGGCUUAGCACCAAACGGGACAAGUUGACCAUUCGAUAUCCCGGAAUCUAUUUCAUCUAUUCCCAAGUCACCUUCUCCAAACAUUCUACUUCUUUUGGAUUAAAGCAAUCCAUAAGGAGCAUAGAACCCAAGAAACAGGAAGUCAAGGAGCUACUCAAGUCUUUUUGCAGUUUGGACCCAAACGCAUCAAAUUUGUGUACAGCCUCUCUGGCAGGGGUAUUCCGCCUAGAGAAAGACCAACAGCUCUAUAUUACAGUUGCAAACACAUCCUUGGUGAACCGGGACUCCUGCAGCUUUGGAUUAUUCCAAUUGCGGUAAAGAACACUCUGGAACUGAAAUGCGGGAGAAGGGGUAGAUGGAUGAUACGAGAUGGUCAGGGAUUGACUGGAUCAAGGCACUAUAAUUAAACGGAUAAUUAUGCAGUCACGUGCAUGGCAUCUGAAAAAGAUCAGCUCCAGGGAAAGUCACUGCACCACAUUUUCUCCUUGACGUCAAACCACAAUUCAAGUUCAGGACAAACGAGGAAGACACUGAAAUCUUCUGAACGGGGGAACAUCCUUUCAAUUAUAUAGUUCAUUGCAAAUAGAACCUGAUAA